AAGCUUGUUCCUCCUCCGGUAUUGGCUGUUUCCUUGAGGGUGUCAUUUUCAGGUCGCGGAGAUCACUGCCUGUGUUUAUACUCUGUUACACAGGUUUAGUCCUCGCAGACCUGGACUAGAACUUUACGCAUCAGCAUCGGGUUUAGGUCAGAGGAUUUGGGGCUUAGCAUGCUUGUAGCCAGAUAAGUUUUCAAGCUAAUGAAUAGUUUUAUAAUGAGUGCUGAUAGCGCUGUUCUUAUGUAGUUGUACCUGUCCUUGGUGCUGAAACUGACCGGUGCACUUUACGGAUUCGCUUUUGAGGAACUGUACGUGAACAAAUUCAACAAAACUGACCUGCAGUCAACGACAGAAGAAGGAUCUGGUAAAAUAAAAGCAAUCACUUAAAAAAUUAAUAAAGGAGCUUUUUUUCUGGGACGGGAUCAAACGGAUUUUUCCAGAGUUUUUUUGUUUUAAUGACCAGAAUUGUAAUCUAAUUUUACGCAUCAUCAAAACCAGAAAGGACAAAUGCGCAUUUGAUAUCGAAUUUGUCCCGCGAUGGAGGUAUCAAACGGGUCGAGCUUUGGGAUCGAGUCUUUACUUUCUCACAGACCGAGCAGUCCGUGUAUGUCAAAGGGGGAGUGCAGGUCUCCGGCGGAGUUGAGCCCGCGGUCGGACCUUGACAGCGGCUGCUCGUCGCCUCCGUCCCCGAGACGGACCUCGGUGGAAGACGCGGUGCAAAGACACGCUCGGGCUCUCGGACUAGACUCUCCUUUACAAAUAUCCCAGCAGCCGCGAACAGUCACGUCCUCCUUCCUCAUCAGAGACAUACUAGCGGACUGCAAACCCCUGGCAGCCUGUGCUCCUUAUUCCAGCACUGGACAGUCAGCACAAGAUGCUGAAGACUGUAUGGACAAACUUCACAGCAAUUCGUCCUCGGACAGUGAAUACAGGGUGAAAGACGAAGCUGAUCGAGAAAUCUCCAGCAGUAGAGACAGUCCCAGCUCCCGGCUGAAGAAGCCUCGUAAAGCCCGCACUGCGUUCACUGAUCACCAGCUGGCGCAGCUCGAACGGAGCUUCGAGCGUCAGAAGUACCUGAGCGUGCAGGACAGGAUGGAGCUGGCAGCGUCUCUCAACCUCACCGACACACAGGUCAAAACAUGGUACCAAAACCGCAGAACGAAGUGGAAACGGCAGACAGCGGUUGGACUGGAGCUCCUAGCGGAGGCAGGGAAUUACUCAGCCCUACAGAGAAUGUUUCCCUCACCCUAUUUUUACCCCCAAAGUCUGGUGUCUAACCUCGACCCGGGACCAGGGUUGUAUCUGUACAGAGGACCGUCCGCGCCUCCACCACCGGUUCAGCGGCCUCUGGUUCCGAGAAUCCUCCUGCACGGUCUCCAGGGUGCCGGAGACCCAGCAUCUCUCCCUGGAGUGAUACCGCGACACACGCCGCGAUGAACUGAUCCAACCUGACUAAAAAACCCUCCAACCUCAGGAACGACAGGGUUGCGCUUGGACAAUACCCAUGUAUACUGAAAAUAUAAACGCGCAAUAAUAGACUUUCCAAAUGACUCUGACCAAAAGGCGAAUGCUAACUAUUUAUUAAACUUCAACGUGCGGAAGUUGUUAUGAGAAAAUUAUUUUGAUUCCAUCACCUCAUGAACCUCCCGACCGUUUUCUGAAAGAAGUUGCUUUUCCCCUAAGAAAUGGCGUGGUUUAUUUGCACACAAUUAUGACGCAAACCAAAAUAAACUUAGCCUAAAAAAAACAAUUUAAUUGAUAUCCAUGACCACAUGCAACACAAUUGUGGAUUUUUGACUACCUAAGAAUAAAAAUGCAUUGUAAGAACAAAAAUAAUAAAACUAAAACAACACUAAUGAUUAAGAAAUGUAAUUUUGAUUGUAUUGCGGAGCGGCUGUUUUACAAAAAAUAAAAC